AUGGCCGCUACACAGUUAACUGCCGACUUGCAUCCUCUCCUCACAGAGUACGUGAUUAAAAAGUUGCAAAAGAAUCGUCUCACUACGGUGUACAGCUUUGUUAAGGUGGAAGCAGAACAAUUGAUAAAAAUAACCAAUCUUCCCGCCGAAAGUAUUGUACUGGUGAAAAAUCAACUAAUCGAACGGUUUGCUGGUCAGUAUCGGAAUGCACAGUUGCACACAGUUCAAGCUUCCGUUCCGUUCGCUACGGGAAUAUUGCCGAUCGAUGGAUUACUACAAGGAGGACUCAUUCCGGGACAUAUUUACGAGUUUUGUGGAAAAUCUGGUACCGGAAAAACGUUACUUUGUAUGACGAUCGCUACGAGCGUCGCAAUGCUUCAACGCAGCUCAGUAUACUACAUCGACACAAAGUGUGAUUUUUCGGGCAGAAAGAUACAGCAAAUACUGGACAAGGGUCAGCGUAAGCUUACGGAGCAAGAGCUGGGCCACACUAUGGCUAGGAUUAGGGUGGAACGAAUAUUUUCUCCCGAGCUGCUGGUACAGGUAGUGGAAGAGUUAGCCACCGGAAAGUACCAUCAGCAGGACACUCAUCUAAAGCUGCUCGUAAUUGAUUCCCUGCCAUCGCUUUGGUAUCUGUUUCAAGAUUCUAGCAGCAGCAUCGAACCUUUAGGCCUGCUGACAAAGCUUAUCUGCUCACUGCGCAAGCUAGCCACGCAGCAGAACGUCGCGGUGGUGUUGGUUAAUUUGGCCGUUCGAAUGGUUGAUGGAAUGGCAGGUAGCAGCACCAUCGAGAGUAAACGGAAACUAUGCCCAAACGGAAACUACCCAGCGCUAGGACGAUACUGGGAAAGUGCACCCGGCACAAGGCUAUUGCUGGAACGGGAUGACGAUGAAGAACCACUGGCCGACUCGAUCACUCGCUCAGUUCGGGUGUGGAAAAGCAAUUACCUACGUACGGGUGAAAGAACGAUCGUUCGGAUGACGGAUGCGGGCGUUCGGUAAAGACGGGCGAUUGUUGGUGAAGGAAAAAAU